AUGCCUCACCAGCUCCCCAGAUACCCACAGAUUCAUGAGCCCCACAUGGUGACUCUGCUGCCAACCACCUCCCAUUCUAAAGCAGUCAUCCCUCAGUGUGCAAUAACAAAUGUAAUAAAGACGUACUGUGUGCUGGGCAUUGGAUCAGCCACAGGAAGGGAUACAAAGUCAAGCGAGGCACAGUCUCUGCCCUCGAGGGCCUUGUGGAGAAAGUGCCCCUCUGUGCUCACCCUGUUGUCCUCCCAGGCGGCCAAGAGAAUCAUGCAGGUUCCAGGCACAGCUCAGCCCACCCUGCAGAGCAGCGAGCAGCGAGAGGCGAGCAGUGAACGGCGAGUGGCGUCACCUGACAGGACUGAAUAUUCGACACUUCGGACCUUCCGCACCUUCAGUGACACCGGAGGCCACGGAGGAGCUUCGAGGGCUCACUGUGCCCACCUCUUACGUAAACCCCUGGCCCUCAGCUCCCUGCUCACGGUGGAGACUUCGGACAGGAAACUUCGAGGAAGUUCCCAGCAUCAACCUAAACUUCAGAAACAGAUUGAGGCAGGUGAAGCAAAACCCGAAAGAGAAGAGAAUAGACAGAUAGCUGAGGAAUCUGGCAAGGCUGGGAGAGAAAAAGUAGAGGGCAAGGACCUUUUCACUGUACAGGAGUCUGGUGAAGAUGUUCUGCUGGCCCCAGAUUCGGAAGAGGAACAUCUACCUGUGGACCACAGAAGUGUUCAAGGCCAAAGAAGCAGCUCUGGAAUGGAACUUCUGCAUGCUGAACCUGAUGCUCCUGCCUCAGAAGGUCGAGUUAAUGUUGUAAUGGUUGACCAGUAUGGAUCACAAGAAUCUGCUCGUGUCAUUAAAAGAAAGUCUUUUACAUAUUAUGACUCCAGCACAUCCACCUUGGAAACCAUACCUGAACCACCAGCACCAUUAUCUUUGCCGAGCUUUGAAGUCAAAACUGAGGUGGAACAUGUGGAGCAGAUGGACCACAUGGGUGAGAUGGAGCAGGUGGAUGAGGAGAAAGAGGUGGACAAGGUGGACCAGGUACCCCAGGAGGACCGGGAGACCAUCUCGUUCCCCAGUGUCACUGCUGACGUCGGAAAUCAGUCACUACACCCACCGCCGUCCGUCAUAUGGUACGUCAACAGACGGGAGGAGGAGCUGAUGAAGAGGUUCCGGGAGCAGCUGGAGGAGAGGACGCAGAUGCUGCGGGGUGAGAUCUGGAACCAGAACCACGCGCUGGAAAUGUUGAAGGAGCAGCUCCAGUCAAUGCAGGAUUCCAAGUUGCAGAUUCAGCCAUCUACCUCACGCCACAUUCGCAGUCCUGAGCCCCAGCCUUUGGAGCCAGUGCCCAAGAAACAAUGCAUUGGGCCGAUGCAUAGGUCCCUCCCAGACUGCAAGGGGGCCAGGCAUUUCUGUGGUUCCUGUUCAUCCUACUCCUUCCGAUUCCCUGAGGAGCUUCAGCAGCCCUGUGACGCCUCUUCCCAGCAGCCCGCUCAGGAGCUGGUGCAAUACCUCCCACAGCAGGCGGGGCUGCAGGAGCAGUCACAGCAGCAUAAUGUUACUGUGGAAAACCGUGUGCUGCAAAUACUCGUGCCAAGCCAACCUAACGUCUCCUUGCCCCUCGAUAACACCCAUAUGUUUACGUCGAUGCAGCACAUCACGGUUCCUGUCCAAUUAGAAGCUGAGCAACAGCCCUCCAGCAGCUAUCAUGGUGAAAACCCUGGGGGCCAGGAAGGCAGGAGUCAUAGUUUUCUUCUUGAGGACCAGCAGGGGCCCUGCCUGAGUCCAUUGCUCCUGGCACAUAACCCAAGCUCUGAGAUGAUUUCUUCUACCGUCAUCCCUCAGUGUCAGAUAAGUUCUGACUCAAACUUAGUCAUGCUGCAGAUCCCAGAGGAUUCCAACCAACUUUGUCAACAGCCAGAAGACCCACAGCAUCACCUUUACUUCCAAGUUGAAACUUGGCCUUCCAGUGAGCAGGCCUCCCUGCAGGACCAAGUUACUUGGGUUCAGGUACCAACCCCUGAGACAGAAGUCCAGGGCUCUUCAGGUCUACAGAUUAUCCAAGACGACACGGAACACGGGCCAGGCCAAAUCUGCUACUUCAUGUCUGCAGCGCCGUCCAACUCGUACGAGUAG